AAGGGUAUCGAAAGAGAGCUCAUCUGCCCAGCAUGCAAGGAAUUAUUUACCCAUCCACUGAUCCUUCCUUGCCAGCACAAUGUCUGUCACAAAUGUGUGAAAGAAAUACUCUCUGCAUUUGAAGACUCUUUCGCUGAUGGAGGCUCUGAAUCCUCUAAUCAGAGUAGCCCUCAAAUUCAAAGCUCUUCUUCCAGCAUGGACAGGAUUAGUAGAUCAGGAUUUGGUGUCUACACAGGCAGAAAACGUAACUCACUGACUCCUAGAUCGAGUCUGUUUCCUUGUCCGGGUUGCCAGCGGGAUACUGAUCUCGGAGAACGUGGCAUCAAUGGCUUAUUUCGCAACUUUACUUUGGAAACCAUUGUGGAAAGAUACAGACAGGCAGCCAGGGCAGCCGUUGCUAUUAUGUGCGAUUUCUGCAAACCUCCACCUCAAGAGGCCACAAAGAGCUGCAUGGACUGCAGGGCAAGCUAUUGCAACGAAUGUUUCAAAAUACACCAUCCUUGGGGAACUGUGAAAGCCCAACAUAAACAUGUAGGACCAACCACCAACUUCAGACCCAAGAUUUUGAUGUGUCCAGAACAUGAAAUGGAGAGGGUAAACAUGUACUGUGAAAUCUGCAGAAGGCCUGUUUGUCAUCUUUGUAAACUGGGUGGAUGUCAUGCAAACCAUAGAGUAACAACCAUGAGAACUGCCUACAAAACCCUUAAGGAGAAGCUUUCAAAAGAUAUUGAGUAC